UACCUGGCUGAGCGGGGCCUGGCCGAAGGACAUGGCCCCCCCCGGUUCCCCUCCCCCUACGGCCCGGCGGAGCGGGACGGGGUCUACCAGACCUUCAGCCUGGAGGGCUGGGCAGGGCGCAGCGGGCACGACGCCCCCAUGAUCGCCUACGACGCGCUGCUGGGCGCUGGCGACUGCUGGGACGAGCUCUGCAGCCGGGCCAUGUUCCACGGGGGAGACAGCGACUCGACGGGCGUCAUUGCGGGGUGCUGCUGGGGGCUGGCGCACGGGCUGGCCGGGGUCCCCGAGGGGAAUCACCGACACCUGGAGUACCGGCACCGCAUGGAGGCAGCCGCCGACCGGAUCCACGCCCUGGCCUGGGGGGAGAGCGCCCCGUGAGCGGGGGGACCCCGCACUGCCCAGACACCUGGGUUCCUUCUUAACCCCACCACGCUGGCCUCCCACCCUGCACUCAACAGCCAACCCCGCCGCAGGCCAGGGCUGGAUUUGGGGGGUCCCCCAUUCCCCAGACACAUGGGGGAGGGGCACCAAAUUCCCAUCCCCCCCCAGUGCA